UUUACAUGUAAUAUUUGCCAACAAAAAGAUUCUGUUCCAAACAAAAAUUAUUUUCUGCCUGAAAAAAUGUAAGAAAUCACAUAGCUUAAUAAUUCUUCAUUUGAUAUGAUUACAACUUCUGAUUAUUUAUUAGAUCCUCCUAUGGCUCCAACUUAUUUUUUUUUAAUAGAUGUUUCAUAAGAAGCAUAAAAAAGUGGAAUGUUAAAUAUAAUAUGUGAUAGUUUAAAAGAAAUUAUUAUUUAAGAUAAACUUUAAGGAGGAGUUCGUAAAUAAAUAGGGAUAAUAACUUAUGAUUCAUAAAUACAUAUAUAUAAUUUAAAAUCAAAUCUAAAAUAAGCAUAAAUGUAUGUUUUACCAGAUUUUAAAGACGGAGAGUUGUUUCCUCUUUAAUUAGAAAAUUUAGUUGUUACCAUUGAAGAUUCGAAAGAUAUUAUUGUGGAUUUAUUAGAUAAUCUACCUAAUAUGUUACAGAAUUAAUAUAUUAAUAAUAAUACUAGUUGUUUUAUUUAUGCUUUGGAUGUAUUUUUUUAUAUAGAAUAUAUUAAGGAUUAAUUUUAUUUUAUUUUUAUUAAAUUUUUAUAAGGCUGCUUCUAAAAUGCUUAAAAACAAUGGAGACCUUCUUCAAAACAUUUUAAAAUUUUAAGCAAGGAAAUGAUUAAAAUAUGUCCUUUAUUAUUUGUAUUUUCUUAAGAAUUCAAAAAUCUGAUUACUUUAGGCGAAUUGCCUAGAAUUUUAAAUGGGGAAAUAUAUUUUUAUCAUGAUUAAGAAUAAAGAUAGAAAUAGUUUAAAGAAGAUUUAUUAUAUAAUCUUUAAAAAAGUUUUAAUUGGGAAAAUAAUUUAAAAAUUAGAAUUUCUCCAGGAUUUAAAAUAAAAUCAAUUAACGGGAGUUUUGCUUUAAAAUCAAAAGAUUAAUUUGUAUUUCCUUGUGAUUUAAGAAAACCCUUACUUCUCGACUUAGAAAUAGAAGAAAAUCAAUCAUAAUAAAAUAAUAUUGAAGUCUUUUCUAUAUAAACAGAACUAUUAUAUACUAAUAACGAAGGAUAAAGACUUUUAAGAUUUCAUAAUUAUGUUAUUCCUUUAAGUUCUUCUUUGUAAUAAAUAUAUGAUAGUAUAGAUCUUGAGGCUUAUUUUUUUUGUUUAUCUAAAAGAAUAAUCGAAAAUUUAUAUUAUUAUAAUAUAAAUGAAAUAAAAACAAUGUUAAUUACCGAAGUAAAAAAGCUUAAUUAUUAAGCUAAAAUAACUGAAAAAGUAAUUUUAAGUUAAAAUGAAUAAAUUUUUAAAAAAUUAAAAAAAAAAGAAUAAAUUAUCAAUAAAUGA